AUGGCGAAGAUCAAAUCUAUCGAAUACUUCCGGGUAAAGCCUCGCUGGCUUUUCGUUAAAGUCACUGAUGAUGAGGGCAAGUUUGGCUGGGGUGAAGGAACCCUCGAAGGCCAUUCUCUGGCUGUAGAGGGCGCGUUGGACGAGAUCAUCGUUCGUCUCAUUGGGCUUGAGGCAGAUGAUAUCGAGCAUAUUUGGCAAUUGAUUUGGCGACUGGGCUUCUACCGCGGCGGCCCUGUCUUCAUGUCUGCAAUGGCUGGCAUUGAUAUCGCGCUAUGGGAUCUCAAGGGCCGUCGAUUGGGAGUCCCCGUUUACCAGCUGCUGGGCGGCAAGGUGCGAUCCAAAGUGCAGGUCUACGCCUGGAUUGGAGGCGAUCGACCCAGUGACGUUGAGGCUGCUGCUAAGGCUCGCAUUGCCCAAGGCCUCAAGUUCAAGGCCCUCGGCCUGGAUGCUGGACUCGAUUUCCACGGCCGUCUACACCGACCGAUGGCCAAGCAGCUCGCCAAAGCUCUAGAACCCUACCAGCCUCUCUUCAUUGAGGAGCCACUCCUUUGCGAGCACCCAGAGGCCAUUAAGCAGCUCUCAAACUACACAACUAUCCCAAUCGCUUUCGGAGAACGUCUCUAUACCCGCUGGGAUGUAAAACGCUUCCUCGAAGACUCCUCUGUCGACGUUCUUCAGCCUGAUAUUGCGCACGCCGGUGGAAUCUCCGAGACAAAGCGGAUCGCGACACUGGCCGAAACUUACGACGUUGCCAUCGCUCCGCACUGCCCUCUUGGUCCUAUCGCCCUUGCGGCAUCAAUGCAGGUGGCCAUUUCAACGCCCAACUUUGUCAUUCAGGAGAUGUCUCUGGGUAUGCACUACAAUGUUGAGGCCGGAGAUAUCGAUCUCAAUAGCUAUCUCAUCGAUAAGACGGUAUUUGAUAUCAAGGAAGGAUAUGUGGAUGCACUUCAAAAGCCUGGUCUGGGAAUUGAGAUUGAUGAGGAUUUGGUUCGCCGGAUCAGCAAGGAGACGGAGCCCUGGCAGCCAAAGGAGUUCCACGGGCCUGAUGGGUCGAUUCGCGAGUGGUAA